UGGAUUAGGGUCCUCUGAACCCAAACAGUCACAGCGUUUUCAGCUGAGCUUUUCUGACAGGAAAGAAGGGAAGUGACCAGCAGCUGCAGAAGCAUUCAGACCAGCAGAGACACCAUCAUGAGGACUCUGUUCGUUCUUUUCCUCUUGGCGGCUGUGGCCACCGCAAAGGUCUUCGAGCGCUGUGACUGGGCCCGCAAGCUGAAGGCGAGUGGGAUGGACGGCUACCGUGGUAUCAGCCUGGCCAACUGGGUUUGUCUGACCAAACAUGAGUCAAAUUUUAACACUGGGGCAACAAACCGCAACACUGAUGGAUCCACUGACUACGGCAUCUUUCAGAUAAAUAACCGCUGGUGGUGCGAUAACGGCAGCUUUCGUUCAUCAAAUGCAUGCAAAACCAGCUGCAGAGCGCUUUUGAGUGAUGAUGUCACUGCGGCGAUCAACUGUGCCAAGCGUGUCGUCAGGGAUCCCCAAGGCAUCAGUGCCUGGUAUGCCUGGCGCGAUCACUGUCAGGGCCGAGAUCUCAGCUCCUAUUUGGCUGGAUGUCGUCUUUAAUCAACACAUUAAACAGGAGGGUGUCAUCGACAUAAAGGUCUCCAUCUUUCUCUGCAGUAGAAACAUUUAAAAUGUUUCUCUAUUUGAAGUGAAACACUGAGUAACUCUAAUAAACUCAGUGAAAAUCUCUACUUUCAAAUAAAGAUUUAACAGCAAUGUUGAUAA